AAGAAUUGCAAGGGACUGAUAAAUGAUUGAAAAGCAACCGCAAAAAUCCCCUCCAUCGGUCUCACAGGCCAGAAUCUGACAGGGAAAUAUCUCCUCGCCAUGAUCGAUAUCGACGCUCCCUCCAACAACGGUGGUCCCCGUGGCACAGUCCUCCACGCGCUCCUCACAGACUUCACUGCCAGCGGCUCCACCCAAAACGGCACCGCGCUCCUCACCACCAAAGCCACAGGUCCUGCCUCCUACUUCGGACCCGCUCCGCCGGCCGAAACUCCACAGCACCCUCACAACUAUGUGUUUGUGCUCCACGAGCAACCUGCCAAUUUUGCGGUCCCGGCUGCGCAUAAGCAGGUUGUGCAGUCUCGAUUUGGAAUUGAUUGGAGCAAGUUUGUGAAGGAUGCUGGCUUGAAGGAGGCGGUUGGUGGGAACUAUUUGAGGGUGCAGAGUGGAGAUAACACGAAGAGAUGGAUCGGGUGAAGAGUGAGGAAAGGCAAUAGGAAAAGUUUGCUGCUGGAGAGGAAAGGAAAUGGAGAUAGGCAAGAGAAGAGGAUAGUGUAUAUAUUAUGGGUGGAGCUUUUUCCUACUGAUCAACGAAAAUUUGUAGUCAUGCUACAUAUAUCUGAGAGGAAUGUGUGAAUGAUGUGUUUUCUCUACUUUCGGUUGAGAAGGAUUGUCUUUUGGCCGUCUUUUCCGUUGUAACACGCGUUCUGUCUCGCUGGCGCUGUUGCAUAUAUACUGCCAUUAAUCUACAGACAUGCACGUAUUUAACCUAGUGAGAGUAGCCAUGUUUGCCUGCUUUGAAAAUACCCGAUUGGGUGUACUCGCAGUAUUUCGGGGCUAAGAACAGCAAGCACUCAACUAAGCAAUAGCAAGAAAUAGAGAUCGACUGCAUUUUUUAUAUGGUCGGCUCUUUGAGGGAAGUCGUCCAUGGUACUCAGAAUCAAUUGCGUGAAGACUUGGCUUCUUGCUCACGUACAUGUGUGUUGUCAUCAUCUGCUGUGCCGAUGGCAACAUUGCAUGAACGCGCGGCAGUUGCAAUCAUUUCCAUGCUACUGCGACGUAAUAGACCCUAGGUAACCCCGUAUUUCGAUCGAUUUCAGCCGACGAACGGUGUACGCACGUGUAUGCAGGUACACUACUACCUCGGACAUCGAGGUUGAUCUAUUCUACUUCCCCUCAGGUUACCUUGACGUUGGAUACUCUUUACCCCUC